UCGAUGCCUGGGGAACAGCCGGCUGCUGAUAACCUGCCCCGUUCGCCGCUGCCUCGCCGCCCACACACCCGGGAUCAGGCUCGGAACCUCCCCUGGAGGGACUCGUGUUGUCUGUUGAGUGGGGUCACACAGGAAGCAGAGGAAGGGGCCGCGCCACGCACCGAUGCAGGAGGGGCCGGCAAAGGCUAUCCAGGCCCUGAUUGAUUACGGCCCCAGCUCCCUUGGGAAUCGGCCAACCCUUUCAAAGUGGCAGUCACAGCUCCGGAAAGACGGCUGGACUAGAGUGGGGGACCGGAGAAGCUGUGGUGCGGAGGCGGCAGCUGGAGUCGUGAGGCAGUUACAAGCUCCGAGGGUGAAGCGGCCGGCUCCAGGCUCCAUUAUGCAGACAAAUGAGCACAGAGAGGUUAAGGCACCCACCUGCCUGUUCUUGCUCCGAACAGUCCCUUCAGUUGGCAGACGGAGCACUAGGCUUCACCACUCAGGCCUGCCUGCUGCCCCGGUGAGCGAGCCGGGACCCUGGGUGUCAGGCCCAGGCAUCGCCAGCCCCUCUGCCUUUUCUCACUCUUUUGGCCCUUCUUUUGGCCCACCUCCCUCCUCUCGUUCAAAUCCAGCUCCUCCCCUGGCGAUCCCAGUCUUCUUCCAGGAAGGUUCCUGCUCUGACUGCGCCAUGCUCCCUCCUCUCUCUGGCUUCUGGCUCCUGCCUCAGGCCCCACUGUGCCUCACAUGGCCCAGGAGGAGAGGAUCGGCCCCCGUGAGAGAUGAGAAGGGCUGGAGAAGGCUGGAGGGCUGGGCCCGGCCUGCAGCGCGGAGGAAACAUGCCAGCUCCUUCCCCAAGUGUGACUUUUAUAAAUAAGCUCCCUUUGCUUGCU